CAAACAAGGCACCAAUAGCAUUCAGUUGGUAUUAAAGCAUAACAAAUUUAUUUAACAAUGAGCAGCCAAAUUAAUAAGUCAAUAUCUACUUCUCCAAAAUUGGCGAAACCAUCGCCGAAGGCUGUUCAAAAAAAUGAUGUAAGACAAGUCUUUUGUUGCCAAUUUGAAGUAUUUGGUCACGUACAGGGUGUUUUCUUCCGAAAGCAUACAAAAAAGGCCAAAGAGUUGGGCAUCACAGGCUGGUGCAUGAACACAGCUCGGGGAACUGUACAGGGAAUGCUUGAAGGAUCCUUGGAUCAAAUGACUGAUAUGAAAUACUGGUUGCAACACAAGGGCAGCCCUCGUUCGGUGAUUGAAAAGGCAGUGUUCUCCGAGAACGAACCUUUGCCCAUCAACAACUUUAAGAUGUUCUCGAUACGUCGCUAGUUAAUUUAAUUAAUUUUCACAAGUUGAAAUUAUAUUUUUACCCAGCUAUAACCGAAGCCAAAACGUGAGAAUCGCUGAGAGCACGUAAUAAAAAUUCAGUUCUGGCUCCCAAAACAAUUGUCAUAUUAAGUGUGUAUGCCGCAAAUGGGCAAAGUUGUCCCUUCUCUGGGGAUCUAUGUUGGCUUGCCAAUUAGUUAGUCCAUGAGCCGUUGCAAAUUGCCUUUCUAACAUUUUUCUAUAGCGAUUUUUACACUGAUGCUGCGCCAAUUGUCAAAACAAUUUCAAUUUGUUUUUUCAGCCAUCAAACUGUCGGUGUUCGCGACUCCAAAACGGUCAAAGUUUCGACGAGCUUCUGCCAAUUUUGCGACAAAUAUUGUGCAUCCCGAAAAAGCCAAAACAAAUUUACAUAAAUAAAUAAAAGUUGACUGAGUUCACAAAUGGUAACAGUUGGCG